ACACCUGCUCUACGCGUGUCGCACCGCCGCGGCGCAGUCAGUGGGGUUGAGUCGGCUUUCGGCGAGGCAGAGACCACCAUGGGAGACGUCGUGGAGGGAGUGAAAGCGCUGAACAUCAAGAGCGAAAAGGAAAUCAGAUGCUGACUGGUGAAUGAUUGGAUUGUGAUUUGCAAAAAUACAUCUUCUGUCAGUAGACUUUCGAUCAAUAAAGACAAUGACUGAAUCUAGUGUGUUCAGUAAAUUGGACAGUCACUUGUCAUAUUUUAGCUACAUUGGUGGAUACGAACCAAGUCAAGAAGACACAGAGGUUUAUCGUUUUGUUAGUGGACAUUUUCCUCAAGGGAAUAUGGCAAAGUACUUGCACUUGUCCCGCUGGCUACGACACUUGGCUAGUUUUUCUGCUGAGUCUCGUGCAGCAUUUUCUGGUGCUGUGUUGAAGCCAUGUGGUAGUGAUCAAGCAAGUGGUAGAGAGAGUUUACUGUCCCUUAUUAACACCAGUGCUGUAGAUAGCAACAGAACUGUGCAUACAAAUACCAAAGAAAAGAAAAAAGAGGCUCCUAAGAAGAAAGUUGAAAAGGAAAAGUCAACUGUGUCAGAGUUGAAGCCAUGGCCAUCGUACAUUCAGGACCGUCUUACUUUGUGGGAUAAACUGAAAGCUGAAUAUGAUGCUAAAGUUGCCUCCAAGACACCUGAAAACAUCACUGUCACCCUUCCUGAUGGUAAAGCUAUCCCUGCUGAAUCAUGGCGCACCACCCCUUAUGAUAUUGCAAUGGGCAUAAGUAAAGGCUUAGCAGAAAACGCUGUGAUUUCCAAGGUUGAUGGUGUUCUCUGGGACUUGGAUAGGCCUUUGGAGAGCAGCUGCAAAUUGCAGCUGCUGAAGUUUGAUGAUGAAGAAGCUCAACAGGUCUUUUGGCACUCCACAGCCCACGUUCUUGGAGAAGCAAUGGAACGAGUUUAUGGUGGGUGCUUGUGUUAUGGUCCUCCAAUUGAAAAUGGGUAUUACUAUGACAUGUUCCUCCCUGAUAAACAGGUUUCCAACCUAGAUUUCCCUGUUAUUGAAGGUCUCAUGAAAACCAUUGCUAAAGAGAAGCAGCCUUUUGAGCGCCUUGAAAUGACCAAAGAACAGCUGCUUGAAAUGUUUAAGUAUAAUGAAUUUAAAGUUCGUAUCCUAAAUGAGAAAGUGACCACUCCAACCACUACAGUUUAUCGUUGUGGUCCUCUAAUUGAUCUUUGCCGGGGUCCACAUGUUAGAAACACAGGAAAGAUCAAGUCACUGAAAGUUACCAAGAAUUCUGCCACUUACUGGGAAGGAAAGGCUGAUGCAGAAUCACUGCAGAGAGUCUAUGGAAUCUCAUUCCCCGACCCUAAGCAGAUGAAAGAAUGGGAGAAAAUCCAAGAGGAAGCUGCAAAGAGGGACCAUCGUAAGCUUGGAAGAGAACAAGAAUUGUUCUUCUUUCAUGAACUUAGUCCAGGUUCAUGUUUCUUCCAACCUAAAGGUGCCCACAUUUACAACUCCUUAGUUGAAUUCAUUCGUGAAGAAUACAGGAAACGUGGCUUCCAAGAAGUAGUAUCACCCAACAUCUACAAUUCUAAGCUUUGGAAGACAUCAGGACACUGGGCACAUUAUGCUGAAAAUAUGUUCUCUUUUGAAGUUGAAAAGGAACAAUACGCACUGAAACCUAUGAACUGUCCUGGACAUUGUUUGAUCUUUGAUCACCGUCCAAGGUCUUGGAAGGAACUGCCUUGGCGGGUGGCUGACUUUGGUGUUCUGCACAGAAAUGAAUUUUCUGGAGCCCUUACUGGCUUGACCCGUGUCAGAAGAUUCCAGCAGGAUGAUGCUCAUAUUUUCUGUAUGCCGGAUCAGAUCAAAUCAGAAAUCUCUGCCUGUUUGGACUUCAUGAAACAUGUGUAUGGUAUUUUUGGUUUUACUUUCCAACUGAAGCUCUCUACUAGACCUGAGAAGUAUUUGGGAGAAAUUUCCAUUUGGAAUGAUGCUGAGAAGGCACUUUCUGAGAGUUUGAAUGAGUUUGGCGAGCCAUGGAAGGAAAACCCUGGUGAUGGGGCCUUUUACGGACCUAAAAUUGAUAUCACUAUUAUGGAUGCUCUACGUCGCCCCCACCAGUGUGCUACCAUUCAGCUUGACUUCCAACUUCCUGUUCGUUUUGAUCUCAGCUACAUUGGAGUUGAUGGUGAAAAGAAGAAGCCUGUCAUGAUCCACAGAGCCAUUCUGGGUUCAGUAGAGCGUAUGAUUGCUGUGCUCACUGAGUCAUAUGCUGGAAAGUGGCCUUUCUGGAUAUCUCCAAGGCAGGCUAUGGUAAUACCUGUGGCUGGUCCAUUCAAUGAAUAUGCCACAAAGGUAAAACAGCAGUUGUUUGAGGCUGGAUUCAUGUGUGAUGUUGAUACAGAUGACAGUGAUACAAUGAACAAGAAAAUCAGAAAUGCCCAGUUGGCUCAGUACAACUUUAUCAUGGUUGUUGGUGAGAAGGAGCUAAGUGGCAACACUGUCAACAUCCGUACUAGGGACAACUUAGUACAUGGAGAGUUCACAAUCGAUGCUGUCAUUGAGAAAUUCAAAGCUCUUGCCAAGAGUCGUAUUGUCAAUAGUGAAGAAAAUUUUUAAACCUUUAGCCCAAGUAUGAUAUUGGUAUAGCUUUUGAUUGUAAAUCCAACAUCUUUCCUUUUUACCAGUGUUGUGAAUCUUUUGUGUGAGAUCCUUUAAUUUAUUGAUGUGAUGAAAUAAAAUGGUGGGUGUCAGCCCCUUUUUAACAAUUAGGAA